AAUGACCUUUAUUGGAGUAUUUUGACAAGUAGUAGCUGUGGCGGCGUUUUCCGACCACCGUGUUAUUAAUGUCUCCCUGCAGUUACAGCUGGUAAUAAGCUGGGCUUUAAUCUUUCCCCUUAUCCCGUGGAAACAGACAGCUGGCCGCUCAGAAUGGGAGGAAAUGGAAGCAAAGCGAGGAAUGUGUCUUUUGGGCUGGACGAAGACGAGAAGGUCACAGUAGUUGAAGGAGUGAAGCUCUCUGAGGAUGUUCUCCGGCGGAUGAGGGAACCUAAGGGAUCGGAAAGAGUUCGGUCUCCAUCCUCUGCUUCAGAAAGUCACAAAGCAUCACCAAAAGCAAAACCUGCAGAACCAUCAGCUUCGGGGGCACAAGAAGAGAUGCGUAAAAACUACGAGCGGCAACAGGCUCUGGUGCAGGAGCAGCUGGCCAAGCUGGCCCAGAGGGAGAGAGAGACUACAGCCGCCACAGACGUGGAGGAGACCAGGCCUAGUGUCAUCAUGGAGAAAUGGAGAACGCAUGAAGAGCAGGAGAAGGCCAAGUUACUGCCAGCAGAUUUGGAUGCUUGGGCUAAAAAGUUGGAGCAGAAAGAAAAGGAGCUGGCCACCAUUUCCAGUUUCUACAAAGAACAACUAGAAAUACUGGAGAAAAAAAGCUUUGAGAACUACAAGCAGACAUCUGAACAGUAUUUUGAAGCUGCAACUAAAACCGAAGCCCUGAUACGGCCCCGUCACAGUGAAUCUCUGUGCACUGAUCUGCAGGCUAAGGUGCUCGAAUGCUACAGAGAAAACCCACAGCAGACCCUGCACUGCUCUAGCCUGGCCAAGCAGUAUAUGAACUGUGUUCAACAGGCAAAGCAGAGCUCUUUGAAAAAUCAUGGCUGAGAAGUGCAAGAAAAUCGGUAACAAGUGAAGCAGUGAAGAAACUAAGACACCACAAUCAUAUCAAAUCCGUCCAUUUUUAUUUCUGCUUCUCUAUGUCUCUAUACAUUAUUUGACCAUUAUGUAUUAAACCAUUUUUCGUUCACAUUUUUCCCUGUUUGAACACCAAGUUGUGCCAGAGCUGUUUCUGCUUAAAUAAAUUCUCAUAAUCUGGUGGUGAUGAGUUGUGUUUCUUUGUCUCCUGUUUGUUUUGUGCCUGUUAGCGAGACGCGAGUUGGCGGAUGACUGUCUCUUGCCACAGCACACUAAUAUUUCUUCCACAAGUGAAAAUGGGGUCAUGUGUCCCCCUCUGACAGCUGUGGGAGCCUAGAGGCCUGAUUUUCUGCCGUACUUGUGGUUUCAUUAAGUGAGAAGAAGGGAGAGAAGAGUGAAGGAAAUGAGGGAUUAAUGAAGUGGGGGACAGGGGAACAGUGAAUGAAUGUGUUUGUGUGUCUUCACCUUUCCUUUAUACUGCAUAAUAUUUUCCAUCUGUUG